AUUCUUUGUUGCAUGCUUAAACAGAUAAGUUGCGAAUAGGGAAUAGAAGGGAAUGGUAAGAGAGAAUGGAAAAAGAAACAGAAUGAGAAAGAAGACUUUGCAAAGCAACGACGCGACAGUCAAUGGUGAUGGCCGCGAUGCAGUUAAAUGGUGGAGUCAGCCAGUCAGUUUCGCUCGAGACACCGAGGUUCGAGCAUCGUGAAGAGCAUUUCAUUAGAUCGAUUGUUACCUUGAAUCUUUUGUUAGUUUAUCGUUGACGAUUACGACCGUGUGAUUUAAAAAAAAAAAAAAAAAACAUUACUGUUGUUACACGUAUGUGCAAGCGUAAAAAUUGAAAGUGUAUGUUCCAUCUUUGAUCGCCCGAACGACGACGUUCUGCAUUUUGAAAACGUGGAAUACAGGAAUUGAGAUGCAUUUACUUCUGACUUGAGACAGAGUCGACGCUCUACUACGCAGUUGUUAUUUCUAAAUCAUGGCUGUAUGUUUUUAAUCGACUUCAUGCAUUGCUACUUCGAUAAUGCGAUGAAAGAAUUUGUAUGCAUAUUCAGUAACAAAAACGUAACACCAUAGGAAAAUCGGUUCAUUUAAACGAACCAUUUAUCGACUAUAAAGGAAGAGAAAAAGCUAUUUAAAUUUUACCUUAAACUGAAAAUAAGACGUUAAGAAAAAAUCAAGACGUAAAAUGAAGCUUGAGGGAAAUUGUUCACAUGAAGAUAGUACCAAUGAAAUUUUAUUACAACCUCAAAAAGGUUCAGGUGCUCGUUUACAACUUGUACCAGCACAACCAAAAACGAUUACACAUCUACCGAAAAGACCACCGGUUGACCUAGCAUUCACUAAUUUGUCAUACAGGGUACGAGAAGGCGGCAAAAACAAUGUAAAGACAAUCUUGAAAUCCGUCAGUGGAAGGUUACGAUCUGGAGAACUGACAGCUAUUAUGGGGCCUUCCGGCGCAGGAAAGUCUACUCUUUUAAACAUCCUGACCGGAUAUAAAUCAACAGGUGCUGAAGGAAGUAUCACAAUGAAUGACCAUGAGAGAAAUCUUAGUGCCUUUAGAAAAUUAUCAUGCUACAUAAUGCAAGAUAAUCAACUUCAUGCGAAUUUAACUGUAGCUGAAGCAAUGAAAGUUGCCUCAAACCUUAAACUUGGAUCAGAUGUUAGUAAGGGAGAAAAGGAAGAAGUGAUUCAAGAAAUCUUAGAAACACUUGGUCUAUCUGAACAUCGUCAAACCAUGACUUCAAAUUUAAGUGGCGGACAAAAAAAGCGGCUUUCUAUUGCACUUGAAUUAGUCAAUAAUCCUCCGAUAAUGUUCUUUGAUGAACCUACUAGUGGUUUGGACUCAUCAUCUUGUUUCCAAUGCAUUUCAUUGUUAAAAACCUUAGCCCGAGGAGGAAGAACAAUAAUAUGCACUAUUCAUCAGCCUAGCGCUAGAUUGUUUGAAAUGUUCGACUCUCUAUAUACAUUAGCCGAAGGACAAUGUGUAUAUCAAGGGUCUACAUCACAAUUAGUGCCCUUUCUCAGAAAUAUCGGACUCAACUGCCCAAGUUAUCAUAAUCCAGCCUCUUUUAUCAUCGAAGUAUCUUGUGGAGAAUAUGGAGAUAAUGUUAGAAACUUGGUGAAUGCUAUAAAGAAUGGGAAAUAUGAUAUUCGAGAAGGACAUCCCUUCCCAGAAAGUAAAUUGGAAUCAUUGAAUAAUGCAUCUAGUGAUUCGUUCUCGAAAGGUGAAGGAUGUGGAGAAAAUAUUGAAACGAAAGAUAAAAAUGACCUUAGCAAUUUGGAGGAAAAGUUUCAAGAGGAUAAAGUGAAAAAAAUAGAUAAUAAAGGAAUUAUCCCAGCUUAUGCAACGAAUGAUAUUAUGAAACAAGAUACAGUGAUUGAUAUGGAGAAAAAGGAUAAUGCUGAAGUAGCCUUACUCGAUGACUCGAUUAUAAUCACUCCAGAAAGAUACCCCACAUCCGAAUGUCAACAGUUCUGGAUUGUUUUAAAACGAACUUUACUUUUUAGUCGAAGAGAUUGGACACUUAUGUAUCUUCGACUUUUUGCGCAUAUUUUAGUAGGAUUGCUAAUAGGCGCACUUUAUUAUGAUAUUGGAAAUGAUGGUGCUAAAGUACUUAGCAACCUUGGAUUUCUAUUUUUUAAUAUGCUGUUUCUUAUGUAUACAUCUAUGACCAUUACAAUAUUGUCGUUUCCGCUAGAACUGCCAGUGCUUUUAAAAGAAAAUUUUAAUAGAUGGUACUCUCUCAAGGCCUACUAUUUAGCGAUUACUUUAUCAGACAUACCAUUCCAGGCGAUAUUCUGCAUUAUAUAUGUUACAAUUGUGUAUUUUAUGACAAGUCAACCAACCGAUAUUAUGCGAUUCAGUAUGUUCUUGGGAACAUGUUUACUCAUUUCUUUUGUUGCACAAUCAGUUGGAUUAGUGGUUGGAGCAGCGAUGAAUGUUCAAAAUGGCGUAUUUUUAGCACCAGUCAUGUCAGUACCAUUCCUCUUGUUUUCUGGCUUUUUCGUUAGUUUUGACGCCAUUCCAGUAUAUCUUAGAUGGAUUACCUAUCUGAGCUACAUAAGAUAUGGCUUUGAAGGAACUGCUCUGGCUACAUAUUCGUUUGGCAGAGAAAAACUUAAAUGUUUCCAGGUGUACUGCCACUUUAAAAACCCAGAAACAACGUUGGAAGAAUUAGAUAUGCUUGAUGCUGAUUUUACUCUUGAUAUUUUUGCCUUGCUUUUAAUAUUUCUUGUACUUCGAAUUGCUGCCUAUCUGUUUCUUCGUUGGAAAUUAAAGACUGCACGAUAGAUCAGUGUAUGAUUAUUGUCAAUUUAACAACGUUAUAGCGUACAACACUUUUAUAAAGGGACACUACAGACUAAGACGAUAAUGCAUUUUUUCACAUCGUACGAUACAAGUAUGUGAUUAGUAAUUCUACUUUUCUUUGAUAAACUGCGUCGAGAAAAUUUUGUAUAUUGGGAGAAAUAUAUAUUGUUUAUGUUUAUAAUUAACAAUGUUAUAAGAUUUAGAUGAACAUAAUUUAUUCUUUGUUAGUUUUAUGAUAAUAAUUCUAUGAUAAUUAUUGCGAUGAUUAUUAUUAGGGAUGGGUUACUUGAAAUAUCGAACUCUCGAAAUUCUCCGGAAUUUUCGAGUUUUGAAAAUUCGAAAUUUUAUACUUUUUUUGUGAUUCAAAAUUCUUGAAACUCGAAUAAUAAAAAGUACAAAAUCAACGAAUAAGAAAUCAUUUGUAGCGUAAAUAAAGAAUGUUUGAUUCAUGUAUAUCUCGAAUAUUCAAUGCAAGAUACUUCGUAAACGCUUGGUAAUUUUUGUUUUUAAGGAGAAUUUAAAAAUUAGCUUCAUAUCCAUCCCUAAUAAUUAUAAAUGGUUUUUGUAUUCAUUUUGUUAUAUAAUACAACAAUAUUUAAACAAUGCACACGAAUAUGUAUGAUGAUCUCAAAUUGAUCAUAUAUUUUCAAUUUAAAGAGUAAUAUAAAAGGGGAUAGAUUUAUUUGAUCUGUUUACAAAUCGACCAGAUAGAUCUUUGCAAUUCUUAUAAUAUAUUGAAAAAACUUUACAAUUCUAUAUAUUGAAAAGAACAAGAGGCCUUAAUUGACAACAUUUUGCGAGUGAUCAUAUUUUUUAUUCGCAUAUGGCUGUGAAUUUGAAGAUGGAGAAAAACAAUAAAAAAUAAAUAUAAUAAA